AUGCAAAAUUCUUAUAAAAAAGUGGCAGGGAAACACCCCUUUCUUAAUAUCACUGCUACUAAUAACAAUGGCAAGAAUAGUAAGAGACUCAGUAAAUUAGUUACAUAUAGCCCCCCUUAUUCCUUCUCUUCCAUUUCCGCCUCUUUUACGCAUUUUUCACGUCAAAGACCAUCAGGAUUACUACCAUUUAGUAGCAUCUACAAAUCGUCAAUAAUUGACAAUAACAAUAAUAUCAACACAAACUCUAUAAAGAACACAAAUAUUUAUUCUAGAUUUAGAUUUAUGUUUUACUAUACAGCUUCAAGUAGUGAGGAUGGCAGUGGUAAUGGGUCGGGUAAAGAAGAACGAAAAUCAGGCAAAAUUCUCACUAUCGACAACAUAAAUCCACACGUAAAAAAGGUUGAAUACGCUGUACGCGGAGAACUUGCAAUCCGAGCAGACAGUAUAUCAUAUGAACUUUUAGAGCCUUGUAGUAAAUAUACAUUUAAAAAAAUUGUGCAUUGUAACAUUGGCAACCCACAACAAUUAGGUCAAAAACCAAUCACUUUUUUUCGGCAGGUUGUUUCAUUGACACAAUACCCGUAUCUCUUAUUACCAGAAAAUCGUUCCAAACUCGUGACUUUGUACCCAACGGAUGCUAUAGAACGUGCACAGACGUUACUAGAGAAUAUCGGUAGCGUCGGUGCUUACUCUCAUUCUCAGGGUAUUCAACAUAUUAGAAAAAAUGUGGCGAAAUUUAUCGAAGAACGAGAUGGUUAUCCCUCGGAUCCAAAUCUUAUAUUUUUAACGCAAGGAGCAUCAAGUGGUGUUCAAAAUAUGCUUCAAAUAAUUACCGAACAUCCAAAUGUUGGCAUCAUGAUUCCCAUUCCACAAUAUCCUCUAUACUCUGCAUCAAUAUCAUUAUAUAAUGCAAGACCAGUGCACUAUUAUUUAAAUGAAGAACAAGAUUGGAGUCUCGACAUAAGAGAAAUUACCUCAUCCGUAUCAAAAGCACGUAAAAACGGUAUAGAUGUUCGCGCACUGGUCAUCAUCAACCCCGGAAAUCCUACCGGACAAUGUCUUCCUCUAGAAAACAUGCGAGACAUAAUAGAUUUCUGUCAUAGAGAACGAAUAAUUUUACUAGCUGAUGAAGUAUAUCAGACAAACAUCUAUCAACCGGAAACACGUCCGUUUCACUCUUUCAAAAAGGUACUACGAUCGAUGGGUGAUGCGUACAAAAAUUUCGAGCUCGUCUCUUUUCAUUCAAUCUCUAAGGGAAUGAUCGGCGAGUGUGGUCAACGUGGGGGGUAUUUUGAAUUAACGGGGAUUGAUGCAAAGGUAGCUGAACAAUUGUACAAGGUUGCGUCGGUUGAUUUGUGUCCGAAUGUUAUUGGACAGAUUAUGGUUGAUUUAAUGGUAAAUCCUCCGAAGCUGGGUGAACCUAGCUACGAACAAUAUAAAAAAGAAAUAACGGCUAUUUAUGAGAGUUUAAGAAGACGCAGUCAAAAAUUGGCAGUGUGUUUUAAUGAGUUGGAGGGGGUCACUUGUACCAAUGCUCAGGGCUCAAUGUACUGUUUUCCUACAAUCCGUCUACCUGAAAAACUGAUAAAGGCUGCACUAACCGCAGAAAAACAACCCGAUGAAUUUUACUGUCUGGCGAUGUUGGAAGCUACUGGUGUCUGUGUAGUACCCGGUAACGGGUUCGGACAAAAACCGGGCACUUGGCAUUUUCGAAGUACUUUCCUGCCAUCCGAAGAGCUAUUUGAUGAAUUCUGCGAUGGGAUACGUAAAUUCCAUCGUGAAUUUUUUGAAAAGUAUAGAGAUUGA